CGUCCCUCUUGAAUGGGGUACGUUUGUUUUGCAGGAAGUGGUGGGAGGUCAAUGCGAUACGACAAGCGAUAUGUAGCACUACCAAGCCCUCUAACAGGGGUCAUGUUUUGGCGCAUUUGUCUUGAUGAGGCGCAGAUGGUGGAGAGUACAACAGCCAAGGCAGCAGAAGUAGCACUACAUUUGAGCAGUGUACACCGGUGGUGUGUCACAGGAACACCAAUACAGAAGGGACUAGAAGGUAAUGCUAGAAGGUUACCUGUACGGCAAGUGUUCCCAUACAAGCAAAGGGUUCCUUGCUUACUGGUCCCCGGAAAAUUGGGGCAAGAGCACAAAACUGAUGAAGAAGGUGGUGAUGGGGGUGGUGAAUGAAUCCUUGCACAGUCAGAAUAUGGAGAAAGCUCUUUCAUUUGUACAGGAAUGCUUACUAUGCAGGUUACAUUGAGGUUACGCCAAGACCAACUGAUUAUCACCCAUUGUCAUUAAUGAUAUCAAUGAAAUGUCCAUUGACUUUGGUUAGAUAUUUAUGGUCUGCUGUUGUUUCUUGGUGUUGAUCCAUACUGUCAUCAAAAAUGGUGGAAGGCCUUACUGUAUGAACCAUACAGGA